AGCCGUCACGGUUCACAGCCAGAAAAGGCGGGCGGUGCCUUCGGAGCAAGCCUUUGCAUGUGCGUCUCAUUCAUCGUCGACUUCUUUCAGAAAGUGCUACAGGUCUCAUGCAACCGCAUCCGCGGGCCGCCUGAAAUUGCUGACCAAGGACAAGACGAGAAGGACAUGCCGAGCAGGAGGCGCACGGACACAUCUACGACAGCAGGCUCGAUCUCAUCAGCACCCUCGGGGCUGUUACCGAAGCCUGGGCCCAGCCUUACAGAGUUGAACGAUGAGGUGCUGCUGCACAUCCUGAGCCUUCUCCCCGGCUGGAUGGCCUGGCGCGUGGAGCAGACGGGCCACGCCUGGCGCCGGGCCUUGCACUCGGGCAACGCCUACUGGCAGAGCAGGUGUCUCCACGAGUUCGCCGCGCGGCUCGGGCCCUCGGACCUGGCGCGCCGGAAGUAUCGCCAGCUGCUGGGCGUGCGGGAAGUCAGGAGGGGGGUGUGGUGCUACUGCAGCCGCCGCCAUGGGCUGGGGGACCGGGUGGCAGCCCCCCAGCUCUUCGUGGGGCCUCGGGGGCAGAAGCUCUUCAGCUAUGGUGGCUGGACAGACCGAGGGCCGCAGACUGACCUGCACUCGGUGCCGGUGCACGCAGUGAGCGAGUCCAGCAUGCGGGAAGAGCCCUGGAGAUUCCAGCGGGCAGAGGAGUCGGGUAUGACCGCCACUCGGGGCGGCGUGCAGACGCUUACGCCGCUCUGGUUUGGCGAGGAAGGCCCUAGCGAGACGCACAUCAGCGAGACAGCUCAGAGUCUCCGUCGCCUCACAGCUGCGAGAGAGCUCCACCCUGGAGGAGCCCUGGUGCUGGCAUUUGGUGGCGGCGGCGGUGGUUAUCGACACGAGCACAACAGCUGGGCCGUUGGCUACCUGCACGAGGGAGAAGGUCAGGAGAAUGCCCAGAUCCUGUGGGGCAAGCCCCAGGCCUGCAAGGACCUGGUAGGCGAGGCGCCGCAACCUUAUCAGCCGGUGGAGCGGUGCGCGCAUUCGGCCACCUACGUGCCUGCAAGGUUCACCAUGUGCCCAGAGGGCUGCGUGGUGGUCUUCGGGGGGCACACGGGCCACUGCGCCACCAGCCUCGCGAGCUUUGACGUCCUUUCCUUGCACGACUGGUCCUGGAGCCAUGCUGCUGCUGCGGAAUGCACGGCUCUGCAGGCGCAGGACUGGGAGAUGCCGCCGCGCCACGGGCACAGCACCACGCUCUUCGAAGUGGACGGCAAGGGAUACCUCGUGGUGGUGGGAGGAGGGCGUGGUAAUAUCCUGGAGAAUUGGAACGUGCGGGACUUCGCGGACAUCGCCGUCUUGUGCCUCGAGUCCUGGACCUGGAUUGGGCACUACCAGCUCCAGAGCUCCGGGAACCUCACGCCGGGCCGGCACCACACGGCCUGCCGGGCGCUGGGUCAGCUGCUGCUGGUGGGGGGCGGCCGGCGGCCCAGCCGCCAGGUCUGCGUGCUGGACGCGGAGCAGGUCAUCCGCCGCGCCCUGCGCGGGGACGUCCAGGGCCUGGUGCCUUUGCGCACAGUGCCUGACAGGCUAGAGGAUGAUGGUGCGGAUCUCCCGGUACCCGUGGCCCGGAAGAUGCACGGCGCCGCCUGCCUCGCGCCCUACGCGCCCUUGCUGGUGAUCUUCGGUGGCUGGGAGACAGGCCCGCACUUCAGCGAUCUCUGGACCUUUGCCCUGGGAGCGGACACGGAGGACCUGAAGGACUUCCGAGCUGCGGAAGCAGAAGAAGAGAGGGAGGAGCCCGGCCAAGAGUCUUUGGUGGGCGUGCGCAUGAUGGGCCCAGAUGGGCAAGUGCGCGUUAUGCGAGUGCCCAGCGAGUUAUUGGCACAAUUCCUGCGGCAGGGCGUCGUGCGCCGGGCUGACGACUUAGGAGAAGACUGAGGUGGCGGCGCCAAAUCCAUCUCGCAGCCACAUGGUUUAGCGAGCUGUCCAUAGAGCCAUUUGGCCCCAAAGCCCGCUUUCUUCCAUCAAAUUUGGAGCUGAGACACUUCAGGUUGCACGUUGGGAC